AUGAAGGUUGAACGCGAAGGAUCUGACAGCGAGGCCAAGUCGAAGCACACCACCCCGGUGUCCAAGAAGCACAAGACUGAUCGAACUCCAAAGAGGAGGCGUAAGGAGGACGUUGAAUUCCCAUCGGAUCUCAUGGUUUGGUUCCAAGGGAAAGACUCCUCUGACAGGACAGUUGAGCACCAGCAGUCAGAAGAGCAACAAGGCAUGAAGACGCUCAGGAAUGUCUGA